AUGAGACCAGAACUUCCUGGGUUUUAUUACGACGAGGAGAAGAACAGAUACUUCCCCAUUAAAGGCCCUAUCCCUGGUUCAAAAUCUGUUACUUCUUCAAGAACGAAACGAAAAAAAGCCGACCCAGUGCCUGUACAGGAACCUAAUUAUCAGAAGAGAACGAAACUAAAAGCAUUGAAGCUACUUUAUACACGAGAGCUAAGUGGCAAUGUGAUUCGUCUCAAUAAGAAGAAGUCUAACUUCAAGGAGGAGAUCCAAAAGACACAAGCCUCUAAUCCUGUGGUAUGGAGAUAUGGAUCGACGGAACACCUAGGCGAUGCUGCUUUGAAAAAGUUUCAGACUGAUGUACAAACAUCUGCAGGCUUGACUCCAAGGAACAUCUUAAUAGCAGGCAGUACAGAAGGCUGCUUGAGCGUACUGAGAGUUUCCGAAGCUGGAAAUGUACUCUUUGACGAGUCUGAAGCUCAAGAUUUUGAUGGUGGAAUCGAGUGCGAUCCAGAUUGUCUUCUUCCUCGCAAAGUAAAAGAUGCAGAGUUAGUGAAACCACCUAGACUCUUAUGGAAACCUGCACGCUCUCGAUUACAUGCGUUAUCUAGUAUCUCUUCUAUUCAGUUGAUUGGGAAACAGGAUGAAUCUGAAAUCUUCCAGAGUGUGAAACGGGCAUUGAUAACUACUCUGGGAUCAACUGGCUGUGGAUCAAUCUUUUUCUUGAAUCUUGCUGAGGAACCGUAUAUGGUCUCUCCACGAAGCCUCCAAGGGAAUGUUUCCUCUAAGUGUACCAUUUGGACAGCUGAUUGCAGUACAAGUGGGAGUCAUGCAGCUAUUGGUACCGACCUAGGAGCAGCUUUGGUUGAUUUGGAAACAGGAGCAGGUUCAUACUUUCUCCGAAGCAAAAGCGAUGUAUUAGCGCUACAGUUUCAUCAAUCGGGAAACAUUGUUCAAUGCGGGCUCAGAAAUGGAGCCAUUGUGUCGGUUGAUGUACGUGAGAGACCAGGGAGACCUUUCCCAAGCCUCACUAGACACAACAUACCAACCGGUCAAAAUAGUAAAAACCGUGAUAAAUUCUUCGAGCUUAGAGGAAACAUAAAUCCGUCUCGUGUAAUCUAUAUGCCUACAUCUCUUACAUGCCUGAAGACACUGGAAACUUAUGAUCAGUACUUAAUGGCAAGCUCCAUGGAUGGAACGAUUAAGCUAUUCGAUCAACGCAUGGUUAAGAGAGGAGUCGCUGUACAGAAAUAUGAAGGACAUGUAAAUUCUCAUACUCGCAUCGAAUUUGGCAUCGACCCUUCAGAAAGAUUUCUUAUUUCAGGAGGAGAGGACUGCUAUACUCGCAUUUGGAGUAUCAAAUCUGGUCAACUUUUGUCUGCAAAUAAAUUCUCCAACACUGUCCCUUCAGUUGUGUGUUGGUCUUCUGUUAAAAGGCAAAGAGAAAUGAAAGACGGCAUUGUUCACGGUGCAUGGCUUGGAUCACGCGAAGCAAUAUUCAACGUGUUCUAA